CAGGAAGUGAAAAAUGUUUACAAUCUUUGAUUUAGUAAAAAAAAAAAAAGUAUAACAAUUUGUUUUGGAUUAUGACUAACACGUUAUAACCCGAGCAUACAUUGUUGUUGAUUUGCCCUUCUCAAUAUGUAUAGUGGACUUUUACCGAAAUGUCUGACCGAUGCAGAAACACGACCAAAGUGUUGCAAAUCACUUUCGCGUGGUCUUAAGCAAAAUUGUGUUACACUUGUAGACACAAGUUAUUCUUGUAUCCAGCCCUUCAUAGAAAAUGACCCGUGUUUGGACUCCUUACCCGGGAUUUCCGAAGAGAAUUGGCAAUAAUUUAAAGAGCUACAGAAGAAAAAAGAUGAGAUCAACACAAUGAAGCUCCUCAAAAAAAGACAGCAGCGAAGACGACAUAAGAAAGAACGUCAAGCGGAGCAUGAAAAGCAUUGGGAUGGGCUUACGCAGUACUUUGGCAUCAAUGAUAGAUUUCAACCCCCUGCCUGUAGCAAGCCUGCUUCCAAGUCCAGCCUAGAAAAGAGCAUGGUAAGCGCCAUCGCUGAAGGGGACUUUGGGAAGGCGGAGAAGAUGAGCGACAGACUCGCCACUCGAGAGUUGGCCGUGAAAAUCGCGCAAGCCACCAAUUGCCGUGACUUUGUGCAAAGCAAACAGGAAGUGGAGGCUUCGCGGGCAGCCCAGAAAAGGAAGAAGCAAAUCGCUUCGGGGUUUGUUGUCUUUUUGCUCUCCUCCCCACAAUUAUCUCCUUCAUUUACAUUAAAUCGCAGCUUGUUAGCGACAUACAUUUGUUAUGCAUAUUUGAAUAGCUUGCCAGCUUCUUUCUCAAUUAUUUCAUGCACAGGUAUGAAUACAUGCUAGGGUUUGACUAUACAGAGAAAGUGUGUACUGUAGCCGUCGCUUAACAUUAGAUGGACACUUUUGAACUGUCACAGUGGAUGUCAUGGUUAGAAUAUGUGUAAAAUGUGUUAUGCUAAUGUUUAAGAACAACACACAACUUACUGUUAUUUCAAGCUCUCAAGAACAUGGAAAUAUGUAUAUUUCACACAGAUUCAUUUUUGUCAUUAUAAGAAGUUUUGCUAAAUCAGUAUUUUAACAUUGAUUCAGGUUUGUAGCCAAGCAAAGAUGGGAAACCAAAAGCAACGUGGGCUAUAUGUGACUUUACGUCUUAACUGAAGAGAAAGAAAAUUGAAGAUUUGUUUUAAUUUCUCAGUUAAUUUAAUGAGGUUUGUGUUAGAUAACAUUUUUGUUUAUGCAUAAUAUUUUUUCUUCACGUUUGUACCAUCAUGUUUGUGAGAAAUUGUAAAGAUACUGUACACAACUAACAAUAAAAAAACAUCAAAUCUGUAAAAAAUGAGAAUUAUGGAAUGUUCAAAUUAAUUCUCUGAGCACUCCAUGGU